AUGAACCCAUUGAAAAGAAACCCCAUUAUUUCAAUUCAGUAUGGCACCGGGUUGUUUCAGUCGGAAAACGUCGCUAGGAAGAGCUGCAUGGCGUUAAACCAGGAGUGUCACAUCUGCCUGGAGGAGCUACGUCGUGAUUUGGUAGCUUCACCAUGCGGUCACGUCUUCCACCAUGUCUGUAUCCUACAAGCGCUCCAGGUCAAAUCACAGUGCCCCAUCUGUCGACGCCGCACGGAUGACGCCGACCUCGUCACACUUUACUUUGAUGUGCCGAGCGUUAAUGAAGCAUCUAAUGGCAGUGAGACGCAAGAUCUUCCUCCGUUACAGGCUUCGGGUGAAAUUAAUUCGCUUAGUUCACGCGUCAACAUGCUCAUGGAGCGCAUCCAGUGGCAGAACAAGCAGCAGGAGCGACUUGUUGAUGAACUGCGACGUCUACGGAAUCAGAGCGAGCAAUUAAUAAUGGACAAAAACACACUGGCUCAUCGUGUUGGGUCUUUGCAAGCUACAAAAACGGAUCUACUGAAUAAAAUAGCGAGAUACCAGAUAGAACUUACACGUCAAACGGAAGCUGCUCGUAGAGUGAGUGUGAAUCAGAGCAUUAUCAACUAUUUGGAGACAUGUGACGCAUCCGCAAUGGAAGAGGAGAUACAGAAUCCAAGAGAACUUAUUAUGGCACUGAAGAAAGCGUGCAAGUUUCGUCAUGAUCAGUAUCAAAAGGUGGUAAAGGAGAAAAUGCGACUAAAGGAGAUGCUGAACAAUUCACUGACUCAAACUACACAGCAUCAGGCAUCAGGCAAUGCAAGGGUGUUCAAGACAAAAGUUCGCACUGCAUCUACUACGUCUGAGACCAAACGUGAGUAUUCGACACCAACAGCGUUUGAAACGGGCGUUCAGCCCCAGGUUAUGGAGACAAAGAAGCGGAAAAUUGACUCGUCGUCGGUGACACCAAAUUUGAUGCCUUUUUACGAGCAGCAGAGCAACGACGCUGGCGUAGGAUUUACCCCACGUUUAGAUUUGGCGGGCUUUUGCUCGAAUGCUUACUCGGACGUGCCGAUCCGUCCGCCUUCGAACCCAAGGCAAACGUUUGGACGCAGCAACUUUAGCUCAAACCAGUACGGAGCGUUUGGUUUGAUGCCGUCAGGUCAAACUCCGGUGCAAAUGACGACAUCACAGGCUACUGUGUGCCGUCGUGGCUACGAUGAAACUGGUAAGCUUACCAACUUUUUCCUUCCAAAGGAGGAUGAUUUGAGGUCCAUGCCUCGGAAAAAGACGAUUCCGAGCAUGCAAAAUCUGCUGAACUCAGAGCCAAGAAAUUCAGGUCAGCAACAGCGCGUGACAAACAACGAUCGACAGGAGUACGCACUAACGAACUGGCUGCGCAAUAACUAA